AAAUAAACGUGAGGGUAAACCAACCGACAAGGAAAGCGACAGUAGCUACGCAGCAACCAUCUUUCCUUCCUUCUUUCCAUCUCUAAAACGAACCCCCUCCUUCCUCUUGAUCCUUAUUCCCCCCUUCCACCCCCUUUUUUUGUUCAAGUUCUUUUGUUUUUGUGAUACUCGAUAAACUGAGACUACUUCUCGCUCGUAAUUUCCCUUGGGUGGACGUCCGCCUCCACUUGCUCUGGCAAGAGAAACAGAGCACCCCGAACCUUCGAAAAAUGGCAGGCAGACGUUCAGGUCGCGCUGCCGCCAAACGGGCUGCAGCUGCUCUAGGUGAGUGCGAUUGCUCUCUUGUAACAUCCAGAUCCAUACAAUCUUUCAACACCCACCAAACUACAAAGACAAUCAAUUUCCACGCCUAACUCUAUUGAUAAUUUUCUUUAAUCCCUUUCUUGAUUUGCUGGCGCUUCUUAUGGUUUUCAUUUCCUUUUUUCCUACUACACACUUUCUCCUGGCGCGCAGCGUGAUUGCGCAAAUCGCAACUCAACAAUGGCGCCCCGUGGAAAGAUUCGCUUGAAGCUGACGCGAAGCGCCAAAUCAGAGAGCACGCCAAAGUCGUUCGCAGACCUCGAAGAUGAACCUAUGCCCGAUGCCGGAACCAGUCCCCUGGGCUCCAAGCGACAGCAGGUGCCCGACCCGGAUGAUGAGAAGGACGAGGAUCACCAGCCAAAGGAAGAGUCGGGAGAUGAAGAUGAUGCAGCCGACGCGGCUGAAAAGGACGACGAAUCCGUCAAGGAGCCUACGCCCCCCCCUCAGCUCAUGGUCCGUCGCAAGAGGCUUGGUCGUCCUCCUAAGAACAGACCUCCAGAUUGGGACAACAUGAUUUCUGUUCCCGCCGACGAAGCCAACACCCCGCGACGCCGAGGAAGAGGUGGAUGGCGAGGCAGGGGUGGUCGUAAAGGAGGUCCUGCUGCACCCAAAGCCGAGCAAGUUAUCGACCAGGAGGGAACUGUUGCCGAAAUCGCAAACGAUGAGUGCGUCUUGCCCGAAGAUCCAGAGGGCGAGACUAAAGUGGACAAGUUGGGCAACCUCCAAGGCGGACGUGAUUAUCGAUGCCGAACUUUCACGGUUACCGGUCGUGGGGACAGGCUCUACAUGCUUUCUACAGAACCAGCUCGAUGCGUUGGCUUCAGGGACAGCUACCUUUUUUUCACCAAGCAUCGCAAACUCUACAAGAUUAUUGUGGAUGACGACGAGAAGCGGGACAUGAUUGAGCGAGACAUCAUCCCUCACUCGUACAAGGGCCGUUCCAUAGGAAUCGUAACGGCGCGAUCGGUCUUUCGCGAGUUUGGUGCGCGCAUCAUUGUGGGCGGAAAGCGCAUCAUCGACGACUACAACGUUGCCCAGGCCCGCGCUGAUGGCGCCGUCGAGGGCCAGCUUGCGGACCCAGAUGAUCAUUUCGUCGAGGGGGAGCCGUACAACAAGAACCAGUACGUUGCGUGGCACGGAGCCAGUGCCGUGUACCACACCAACGUACCAUCAGUGCCGGUUCCCAAUGGCAAGAUCGAGUCAAAGAAACGCAAGGUAAAUGUCAACGACAUGAAUUGGAUGCUGGAACAUGCCCGCGAAGCCAGCACCUUCAAUGCCGGCAUCAAUGCCAUCAGAAAGCUCAACAAUGCCGGCGUGUACGACAUUCACACGAAUGUGAUGCAGUACCCAACAACAAUGCAGCCGACGCGAGCACGCAUUGAGCAGGUCGCCCCAGAGGACGAGCAAGCCACCGCAGACAGCGCCAUCUUCCCCCCCGUCCCUGCAAAGAUGGCGCGCAACUUCUUCGUUGCAGACACAUACUUUGAGACAUCAUCGGCGGGUGUCAUUUCAGCGUCUGCAGUGGACGGUACCGCAGGUUCACCAGACUUCCUUGCUUCUUUCCAGGGAUUGAGUGCUGUAUCGGAUGAGAUCAAAGACCUGUUGCCCUCGGAGUGUCGUGCGGCUUUCGAUGGCGCCGUGGCAAAGGAGGCAUCAUAUCGGUCAAAAUGGGGUCCUGAGAGCGAAACAAUGUCGCGCCAUCAGCCCAUUAUCGACAAGGCAAUCGUGCCGUACAGCAUGAGUUGACGGCAGCCCAAGCUGGUAAUGACAUACGAUUCCUUCGAAACGUGAACAACAUCAACCGUGCAAAUGCGGAUGUAAUACUAUGGGUAUCAAGUGAUGCAUUCUUUUUGACAUUCAAGACGAGGCGAGAUAGGGGUUGGCACACCUUGCUGGGAUCUAGGCACCAGGAAGAGUGGAAGGAAAGCAAUAUGGGCGUUGGGUGUCAUGGAUAAACACUCGGAGUGGUUUCUGUUUCUACGGCUGCAUCAUCAGAUGGUGUCAAUUGGGCCUUGAGAGUCAAUGUAUCAUAUCAGGUAGAAGAACAAGUCCUUGUUCACAGGCCUCUACCGAUUGACAAUGUGCAGACACCAAUUGAACGAAUGACUUGGUAUGACUUUGAUGCUCUACGUGAGUCAUUGACACGGAUGCCCUCAGUUACUCUGCAGUAUUGCCUUUCUCGACGCGCGGUACUGCGAGCACUGACUGCAGCUUGGGGAGCUUACCUUGCCUCAAUGGCCACGUCUUUCUCCAGCCGCCGACUACGCUUCUUUGAACACACUGGCUGCUGGCUGGACUGCCGGACUCGGCCUCUUUCUGCUGCAGGUCACAAUUCCUUGGCACGCGAAGAGCGGGCCAGAGAAUCAAGAGACUUUUUCCCUCUCACUCUCUGACCUCCGUGGCCCCGUAUUGCGGGAUUCUAGCCUCUCGAAUUUUCUUUCUUCUUUUGCAGGGCUCGUGAUAGGUACGAUCUCAUGCUUCACUAGGAGUUUAUUUAGCGACGAUGUGGGUUUCGUCGUCUGCCCCCGCCCUGACUUCGGUUGAUCUUUUUUUUUCCUCUUGUCCUUGACCUCGUUUGGGUUCUUGCGUGGCUUGGGUGGAUGCUGAUUAAGGCCCCCACGCGGAUCUAAUGGAUGCUUGAUGAGGUGGGCUUGCAGGGCUCAUCAGAGACGAGACGGCACCAUGGAAUGAGUGGCGAACUGCAACAAAGCAGAAGGCGAAUUGAACCGAGAGGGAACUUGUGAAGAAGAUUCAAGAAAAUACAGUACAUACAAUCAGGGUCUUGAUCGACAUCCCUCUAGCUUGACUUGCUGCAUGCUUGUGACGCAUGUUCUGCCCUGUUGAGCCGUUAUUGAUGACAGAAGGACUUAUUAGUGACAUUCAAGAGUGCAGUCCGUAUUGGCUGGCACCCUGAAAGAAUUCACUCUUAUAUGAUGACAUAUGGGUGCCAGUGCAGCAGUAUCAACAUGGACGUAUCUGUAGCCCGUACCUGUCUGUCCUGUGAUACUUUACUGGUCAAUGACUGACGUCCUUAGGCUCCUAUUGGUGUUGCUGAGUCCCUCUGUGAGUACUGGCACUCCUCAAGCAACAGCAUAUUUUAAGUGUGACUUUUAGACCAGUCACGAAUAGGUAUCUGGCUUUUCUCUUCCGGUUUGAAUUCGACGGCCAGAAUGUAACAAGGAUGCAAGGCACCACCGCAUCUCUUCUAGGCAAUUGGUUGUGAUCAUUCACGGUUGCCUCCAACGUUGUCAUGAGGGUGAUGAUCAUGACAGGCAGAUAAGCUCCGGGGAACAGAGCCGGGUCAUGCCCGCUGGAACUGAUGGUGUCCAGUUCCCCAUGGCAGCAAGACUUGGAUUCAUACUGGUCGAAUGAAAACCGGAUGAAACCCUUCGGACAAAUGCGUUAUGAUUCGAUAUAGGGUAGCACAUGUUUUGAAGGUGACAAGACAUGCAUAGAUAUACAACCAGCCCUCCCAUAUUGUCGGUAACCAUGGGAGGCGCCUGAACUCGAAUUCCAGAGGCACCUGGCCACUGAUAGAUGUUUCGGUCAUAUGCAGCUCACACCGCUCCAUCCAACUGCCACAUAUUGGUCAUGAUCGGUUUGCAACUACAACAGCGCUCGUUGAUGCGGCUCAUGUCCGCGGGUUAGUUAGAGGCGACUGAUAUAUCGACGUCCUGCUCGCUACAUUCAGAACAAUCCACUAAAUCCAGCAAAAGCGGUUCUGGGGGUUGAUGGCCCUUCAAACUUCAAGUAAUCAUGCAUACCCACCAAGCAUCCCAAAAAUGAAUAUCAUAUUCGGGAUGCACGGUUCCUUCUCAGAGACUUGUCACUCUGUGGGAACAUUAUCACAUUAACUCGCUCUGCACGAUGCACAACACCGGCCAGUGCUUAAAGGCCCAAGCGCUUAAUGAGGGGUCCGCUCCAUGAUGGCCCGUCGAAGCCAUAUCUCGGAUAGGUUGAUUCCUGUAUACCUAGUAGAAACAGCGGCGGCUGUCACGCGAGUUAGGAUUUAGAGAGGCGUUUGUUGCGGUCAAAACCCACAAGGGCUUCAAAGGUCAUCCAACCCACUGGUCCAUGCCCUAAGCGGCACGACCAGGCUAAUGUCAAACCAUGUCGAAGCGAAUUAAGAGCUUUGAUGCUGGACAUCAUCUCUCAAUUCAGUAACGUUGUGUGCUGGGAGCUUUGAGAUGCUGUGAGACCCUGUCUGAACGUUCACAAGAUAGUAUGUAGCCAUCUUGCAGAAGAUACCUGUUGUAGCACCACCUGCUGCUGCCAUUUCUCGACGUCAAUGGAUCUUCAAGGACCCUGAGAAAUCUAGAAUGCCCAAACCAUUAAAUGUGUCAUACCACAUUCGUACUAGGGCAGACAGUCUCUUUCCCAGCCAGCUCGCAGGGACCAACUCCAUCACGAUUAGCUCUGGCUCCAGUGGAUACCGACGUUAAUCAACGCGGCUCCAAUGGUCCCUGCUCACCAUGUUCUGAUUUAGUCCCACACAACGCGCUUCAACACUGGCAACCGGUUGAUGAAUUCGAUGUUAAUAAAACUAAGCUUCACAACCACCAUGUGCUGGGAUUUUCUAGAGCGAGAAGGACCAUCAAAUGAUACUGAUAUCACAUCCACGAGCAAGAAUAUCAUGCCACCCACCACUGCCGCUCAUUUCUGAUAAUGCUAUCAGAUAUUCCAGGGCCCGCUUGACACGACUAGACAUAGCACAGCGGAUGAAGAGUUGCCAACUCGACGACCACAAUCUGUGACCAGGACAUGGCAACUAACAACUGACUCUCGGUUGUUGGGUAAGACCCUAGACCCGUUGCAUCUCGUCCCGAGCUCGUUGAUGUAGCAUCACUAGGCCAGGACUUGCCCGUAUUCCGACUGCUCCUUGAACAUGAUCAAUAAGAUCCGUCAUAAUUGAGUGGGCAGCAUUCGGGGGAAAACUGCCAGGAAGAUGAUGAGGGCUGUGGUAAUGCCAGACGAUGGCAAUUCAAAUUGACGGAGACAACCACACCGGAGUCCAUCCCAGCCGUGUUUAACAAGAUGCAUAGCCUUAAACGAGACGACUUGACCUAGCCGUCUCUAGAGAAUGGGGGUUUGCUAGCCACAUGAAACCAGAAAUGCAGAAAAAUUGCAUGUCAAGAAAAGUCCAGGACAAGCCGCCCAUGUUGACCAUGUUUCGUCUCAUCAAUGGAAAUCAAAACCAAGCCAAGGCGCUCACAUGGCAACCUGGCCAGGAGUCCCUCAGGGCUGUUCAAAAUGACUGACCAGCUAAUUUCCUGGGGGAACGGCGCUACGUAUUGGCUCGCCUGCGAUUGCACUGGCGAGUGGAUCCAAAUCUCCUAGAGCAGGGCUUGGGUUGCUCAGCUUGUGGCAUUGGUCCAAGACAACAGCGGUGAGCAUCUUGGAAGAAGAGAGCCUGUUACGUACGUAUCUAGCAUCGCGUGCAC